AUGGUGGCACAGUCCUCCAGAGGCACCACUACCCCCAGAACAACUGAUGAACCCCAUCUAGCCACCGAAGAGAAACCAGCACCCAAUGUCAAGAAAAAAGAUACCAAGAAGAAAGGAUUCCUCUCAAUCGCCGCAGGUGGUCUCCGAAAAGCCCUCGGGGGCCCGAAAACCCCGCGAAGCGCCCGCGUCCACUACCCAGACGCGGAAGACAUAAUUCCGGAGGAAGAUGAGGAGUGCAGCGUAUACGAUACUGUACGCUCUCUACCAGCCUCGGGCCAUUAUGGGAGGAGUCGAGUGGGACAUCAUCACCCUCAGAUAAUACUGCCCGGGCAGUUGAGAGUAUCGAUUGAUGAACCAGCCUCGCAACCGAUUUUGUCACCGAUUUCGACAAGUGUCAUCAAGCUACCAAGGCGAAGAAGCACAAUGACGACUGCAAUCGCCGUCCGAACGUCUCCCAAGGGGUCCAUGCUCGAGUCGCAAGCGCUGCAAAAUUUCGGUGGGCACCGGGGAAUUCUGAAUUUUCAGCCGUCCAUGUUCUCGUCGUUUGAGAGUAUGACGAUUGGCGGGUCGAUUGAGACGAGUACCAUCUAUUUUGAAAGCCAAGACGCUGCCUUCUCACUAUUUAUGAAAGCCCACAAAUGCUACGACCUGAUCCCAAUCUCCAGCAAAUUGAUUGUUUUUGACACUCAUCUGCCGGUCCGAAAAGCUUUCUACGCCCUCAUCUACAAUAACGUACGCGCCGCUCCACUGUACGAUUCAGCAAAAGGCUCCUAUGUCGGAAUGCUGACCAUCACCGACUUUAUUAAAAUCUUGUACAGGUACUACGAAGCCGGACUCGAGGGGGAAGAGGGCAUGAAGUCGCUGGAAGAGCAAGAGAUCUCGCAUUGGAGACAGAGAUUUGAGCAGGACUCAAAUGCCAAAAAGGAGUUGAUUACGAUUGAUCCAUUACAGAGCUUAUACCAAGCCGUCGAGCUGCUGGUGAAUCAUAAAGUCCAUCGACUUCCGGUACUGGAUCAGGAAGCCGGGAAUAUUUGCUAUAUUCUGACACAUAAGCGCCUUAUGAAGUUCUUGUAUUUUUAUAUGUCCGAUCUACCUCGACCUACUUUCCUCGAUAAAACGCCCCGCGAGCUGGGAAUCGGUUCGUGGGGAGAGGUGCUCACCAUUCAUACGGAUACUCCACUCAUUGAAGCGCUCAGGACUUUCCUUGCCAAUCGUGUUUCGGCACUCCCGAUUGUUGACAGCCAAGACAAGGUGGUCGACAUCUACGCGAAAUUCGACGUGAUCUCAUUGGCGGCUGAGAAAGUUUACGAUAAGCUCGACGUGACGGUCAGCGAGGCCUUGAAGUACCGAACUGAGGCAUUCGAAGGGGUGCACUGCUGCAACGAGAACGACACGCUGUACCAGGUCAUAGAGACACUGGUUCGAGCAGAGGUGCAUCGUCUCGUCGCCACGGAUGCUAAUAAGAAGGUUGUUGGUAUUGUGUCGUUGUCGGAUAUUUUGAAGUAUCUGGUGCUCGAUUCUGCGUCAACCCGCCCAGAAGUCGAAAUCAACGAACCAGCCCCAUCCCCAGUCUUCGAGUCCGUCGAAGAAGAAGCCGAAGGCCACCAC